AAUGAAGAAUUUUGCGGGUAGGGAUCAACAAAGAGUUGAUCCCUUGAAUGAAGGAUGUCAAGAAAAAAAAUUCUAACCCAAGGAAGGACGUGUGAUGAUCGCAAGAAGCACAUGUUUGCUCAAGCGAAGUGGAGCCCAUGGGACACUGCAAGGGAUCAUGAAGAGCCUUGGGAGAAUCAAGAUAAAAACUACAUGCUUAGAGUUGAAGAUUUACCCGAAAUCCAACUCGAAAAUUAGAUAUGGAGGAACCGGCAAGACAUAUGUAUGGAGAACAUGUAACACCCUAAUCCGUCCAGGUCUGCAGCCCCUUUCAGAUUAAAGUAUUAACUUGGUAAUCGUAAAAAUUUAAAACAUUUUAAACACUUUUAUUUAUCACAAUAAUACUUUUCAUAAUAUAAAUAGUACGGAGUUUUCAAUAUUGCGGAAGCUUAACAAUCAUAAUCACAAACAUAAUUUAUUUAUGUUCUUUAAUUCAAAACCAUCACAUCCAUUCCGACAAUCUCGCCUCCGUCUGCCUCCAGGAUCACGUCACUUCAUUAACCUGCGUGUAACAAAUAAAACAUACUACACGCU